AUGCGUCAGUCCAAUAUCGAUUCGAAUUCUCAAUUACAUUCAGGUAAAAAAUUUACUUGGGAAGAAUUGGCCGAUCAUAAUAAGGCUAAUGAUGCAUAUGUCGCUAUUCGUGGUAAUGUCUAUGAUAUCACAAAUUUUAUAAAGAGGCAUCCCGGUGGUGAAGAUAUUUUGUUAUUUGCUGCUGGAAGAGAUGCGACACAGGCAUUUGAAACAUACCAUGAACUUGGAAAACCUGAUCUAGUUCUUAAAAAAUAUUUCAUCGGAACUUUAAUAAGUAAUGAAUUGCCCGUAUUCUUAGAACCAACCGAAUUCCAUCGAACGCUCAAAAAGAGAGUUGAAGAUUAUUUCCAAAUAAAUCAAAUCGAUCCAAAGUUCUUUAUCUCAUAUAUUGUUGAACGAACAUGGUUACAAAUAAUGUUUGCGAUUUUGAUGGGAUUUGCAUGUGCUCAAGUUGGAUUGAAUCCUCUUCACGACGCUUCUCACUUUUCAGUUACAAAUGAUCCUUUCGUCUGGAAGAUACUAGGCGCUACACAUGAUUUCCUGAAUGGAUCUUCACAUCUUGUAUGGACGUAUCAGCAUAUUUUUGGUCAUCAUAUAUACACAAACAUUGCGAAUGCCGAUCCAGAUAUUGUAACUGGUGAACCGGAUUUUCGAAGAAUUAAGCCAAAUCAAAGGUGGUACUCUCGUUACAUAAAUCAACAUACGUUCGUACCAUUAUUAUAUGGGUUGUUGGCCUUUAAAUCUCGUAUCCAAGAUAUCAUUAUCGUAUAUAUUAUUGGUUCUAAUGAUAAAAUAAGGAUAAACCCUCUUAAUACAUGGCAUACGAGCGUAUUUUGGGGUGGAAAGGCAUUUUUCAUUUUAUUUCGAAUUAUAAUUCCGUUGAUUCUUAUACCCGCAUGGAAAUCCGCUUUACUUUUCGUGAUCACUGAUUUGGUCACAUCUUACUGGUUGGCUAUUACAUUUCAAGCCAACCAUGUUGUAGAAGAAGUAGAAUGGCCACUUCCUGAUGAAAAAGGAUUAAUCCAAACAGAUUGGGCAGAAAUGCAAAUUGUCACCACACAAGAUUAUGCUCAUGAUUCAUAUUUCUGGACAACAAUAGUUGGAGCAUUGAAUUAUCAAGCAGUUCAUCACAUAUUUCCUCAAGUAUCUCAACAUCGUUACGGUGAAAUUGCUCCUAUUGUCAAAGAAACAUGUAAAGAAUUUGGAAUUCCAUUUUAUUACAAGGAAACAUUUUGGGAUGCGUUUAAAUCUCAUCUUGAGCAUCUUCGUUUAAUGGGUUUACCACCCCAAUCAAAAGAUGUUAUUAAAGUGGAAUAA